UUCGUAUUAAUUAGACGCAAAACCUAAGAAAUCUUAUAUUUCCGUAUGGGGAGUAUGCGUUCAAAUCCACCUUUCCGUACGUAACAGCUCUUCUCUCUGAAAUUUUUUGUCCCUACCUUAACUUCUCCAAGUAGAGGAGGCAUCGGCAGACAGAUCAUCUAAUUCUACACCAGAGGCAAUUACUCAUGAGAAGUUGAUGAAGAAAGUUCCGGGAAUGUUAAAUUCUUCACCGUCAUCUCAUUUUGAGGAAGUUUUUGGUAAUGAUUUGACCAAUAGUGCUGCAGUGGAGGAUGCAUUGACAGACAGAACCACACCACUGGCAAUUAUUCAUCAGAAAUUGAUGCCGAAAGUUCCCAAAAUGUUAAUUCCUUCACCAUCAUCUCAUUUUGAGGAAGUUUUUGGUAAUGAUUUGACUAAUAGCGCUGCAGUGGAGGACGCAUUGACAUCCGGAUCUACACCACUGGCUAUUAUUCAUGAAAAAUUGAUGAAGAAAGUUCCCAGAAUGUUAAAGUCUUCACCAUCAUCUCAUGUUGAUGAGCAGCAGAGCAGCAGGCCUAUAAUUAUUCGUUAUUCUAAGAGGAGGGGCGAAAAUAACUUGAGGCUUUACAUUGUAACUGGAAACUCUGAAAAGGAGUGCAAGACCAGAGGCCUAAACUCACUGAAAGGAGCUUACCUUGUAAAUGCUUGCGGCGGACUAGCGUUGAUUUCGACCAGGAACGAGGAAGCUUAUACCAAAUAUGCUGUGUUUAAUCCUCUAUCAAGAGAUAGAGUCCAAAUAGUAGGAACCCCCAAUGUAUCUAAUAGCCGAGCAUGCGGGAUCUUCUACCAUCCUAUAGCAAAAGAACACAGGAUUCUUGCCGUGUAUGGAAGAGAACCUUUAUUUGAAUAUCACAUUUACUCAACUGGAUCCAAACGGUGGAGGCAAACCGCAAGUCCUUAUUUUCAUUACGAGCCUAAACGCCUUUGGGCAGACGGGGAAACACCAUAUGAUGUUGUUGACGGUAACCCAGCAAUUGUUAAUCAAGCUCUGCAUUGGCAUGUCGGGGGUGUGAUGAUUUUUGAUAUGGUUAGUGAAGAGUUGUCGCUUAGACACCUCCCUUUUGAGGAUUACAUGGCAGAAAAGAAGUACACAGCCUUUUUGUUGGUGAAGGAAGAUCGUUUGUGCUUCUGCCGUGUGGAGUAUGAACGCUUGGCAAUAGAUAUAUGGGUUUUGGAAGACUAUGGGAAUUGGUCAUCUUGGACUAAGAAAUACAUCGCUUCUCUUAGUUGGGAUGUGAAUGUGUUUCCUUUCACCGACCAGUGGUCUACCGUAAACCUUACUUUCCCGGGUAUAAGAAUCAUCAGCAUCCACAAGGAUCAAUUGGUAUUGUUUUGGAGAUAUCGAGGCCUCUUCAUCUAUUCCUUAAAGGCCCGCAGAAUAAGGCAAAUUUGCAAAAAGUUAAACAUGCAUGUUAGUUACAUAUACCCCCGUGAUUAUGAUAAUUUUCUGGGGUUUGCAGCUUAUACUCCAACCCCAAGUGAUCGUAUAUGAUGAUGGUCAGUGCAACAUGGGUAUUCAUAUUUUUAUGGUAGUUAUUUAUGCACAUCAAUACUUUUUAUGUACAUUUUUAUAUUCUUUCUUUUUUCUCUUGUUUAAAUACAAAACUAUUACGAAAUAUUUCAUACGGAGUAUACGUGAAUGUGAUUUAUAAUGGGAUUAACGGCAUCAUAAAAAAUUGACGUGUUACGUUGUAUACGAAAAAAGGGGUAUAGGAUAUGAACUCUUGGAAUUUCAACAUAUACAAACAGAUGAUUGAGACAGCGUUUAGUUUUUCAAGUGAGAAUGUGCUCUUUUCUCCCAAGACCUUGUUCACAUAAAGUAUUUAUUCCAUUUUUUGUGCAUUUUGGGUCAUGACAAUUAAUUCUGUUUUUUCAAUUUUAUGUAUGUAACAUACAAGUAUGUUAUAAUGUUGAAUGCUGAUUUACAUUGUUAUAUUGUUAAAGAUUUGUG